GUGCUCCCCCGUGCUCUCUCAGAGGUGGGUUGGCUUCUCCUCCCCCUCUUACCAAGUCCUCGUCCUCGGUUUAGGGUUCGUUAGGGUUUUUGUGGAGGGGAGAUAUGGCGGCGGCGGACGUGGAGUACCGUUGCUUCGUCGGUGGGCUCGCCUGGGCCACCAACAACGAGACCCUCGAGCAAGCCUUCGCCAACUUCGGCCAGGUCAUCGACUCCAAGGUCAUCACCGACCGGGAGACGGGGAGGUCCCGCGGGUUCGGCUUCGUCACCUUCUCCUCUGAGCAGUCCAUGCUCGACGCCAUCGAGAACAUGAACGGCAAGGAGCUCGACGGCCGCAACAUCACCGUCAACCAGGCCCAGUCCCGCGGCGGAGGCGGCGGCGGCGGUGGCUACGGAGGCGGUGGCGGCGGCUACGGCGGCCGCCGUGAGGGUGGCGGCUACGGAGGAGGCGGCGGCGGCUACGGCGGGCGCCGCGAGGGAGGAGGCGGCUACGGAGGCGGUGGCUACGGUGGCGGCGGCGGCGGCUACGGCGGUCGCCGUGAGGGCGGCGGCGGCUAUGGCGGCGGCGGCGGCUACGGUGGCAACCGCGGUGACUCCGGCGGCAACUGGAGGAACUGAUUGUGUGGGCCCACCCUGGCUUCGGCCAAGUUAUCCUAGCUAUCUAUCUAUCUAUAGUAUCGUGUUACCGUUCCGUUGGAUUCUGAGUUACCCAUGUGUUAGUGUCCGUUGAACCUUUGGAUUAGGUGUUGGUACCCCCGUGUUCGAUGAUGUUACUGUCCGCUUUGGUUACUUUCCGCUAUGAAAUGAGAGAAGAGUGAGCAAGGUUUUUGUUCGCAUCUACUGAUCUGAAAUUGCUCU